GGACCCCACCCCCUCGCCCCCCUCCCCCGCACUUGAUGCCACGCCGGCGCCCUGCCCCACCCCCACCUGGACCUCCACUAGCCACCACCAGACACAAGAGUAUGCCAGAAGCUCCAGCUGUGGCUGCUAGGAAAGAGCAGCCACCUGCAAGACGUCCAGCACCUGCUCGACCACAAAUGGGUGCCAAGCACGGCAGCUUUACCAACGGUGCCAGCUCACCAAUGCCUGUGCCUUCAAACCCACCACCCCCAAGGCCUAAAAAGCCCGAUCUCGAAGCCCAUCGCUGCCACAUUGCACUGGAGGAUGAGACCAUCGCCAGAGCCCUGUCUCGUGCCAGGCUGCCACCGUGCCAGUCUCCGUCUGCUGCCCCUGCUAAUGGGCAGAUAGCUAUGAGCCCAUCUAGUCCUAACAAGAGGGGACGCCACCGGCUCAGUGACAUGAGCUCAUCGUCCUCCUCUGACUCACUGGAAUACUCCAAUUCUCCUGAAUUCUCUCUGGGCCUGGCCCCGAGUCCAUCUGCACACCUUAACCAUCAAGACCCAGUGGAAGACAGCAGUGAGGAGGAAGAGGAUGGGGAAGAAGACGAAGAGGAGGACUAUGGGGUCGGCCUGGAGACUGAUCUUGAGAUGCGCCUACGUACAUCCUUCAAAUCACGGAGACGGAGGAGGGUUGGUGUGAGUCUUAGUGGAGGGUCCUUUAUUCUCCCCAGGGCCUUGAAGAGACGCUUCCACAAGGACUACAUCAGCUUUGUUCAGGAGAACCAAGGCUGUCACACAUCAGGGAUGGAUUUUCUCCAGACUCUCAGGCAGUUUAUGACACAGAUGAAGGCGUACCUGCGCCAGAGCUCUGAACUGGGCCCACCUAUAGAAUCGCUCAUACCCGAAGAUCAGAUCGACCGGGUUCUGGAGAAGGCCAUGCACAAAUGUGUCCUGAAGCCUCUGAAGACCAUGAUUGAGGUGGUUCUACAUGACUUUCAGGUGAGGAGUGGAGCUUGGCAGCAGCUUAGAGACAACCUGGCCUUGGCUAAGACGAAGAGGCCACAGGAGCUGGGCGUGGAUCGGGUUCCUCCUCCUGACUCUGUGGCUAUAGAGAAGAUCCGCCUCAAGUUCCUAAAAAUGAGUAUGAUGUACUCCCCAGAGAAGAAGGUGUCUCUGCUGCUGCGUGUGUGCAAGCUCAUCUACACCAUCAUGCAGGAUCACUCAGGGAGGAUGUAUGGUGCAGAUGACUUCCUGCCAGUGUUGACUUACGUGCUGGCUCAGUGUGACAUGCCUCAGCUGGACACAGAGAUAGAGUACAUGAUGGAGCUGUUGGACCCAUCUCUGCUUCAAGGAGAGGGAGGCUACUACCUGACCAGCUCCUAUGGAGCCAUGGCGCUCAUCAAGAACUUCCAGGAGGAGCAGGCAGCCCGGGUGCUGAGCUCUGAGACGAGGAACACUCUACACCAGUGGCACUGUCGGCGCACUGCCCAGCGUUCAACGCCAACUGUGGAUGACUUUCAGAACUAUCUCCGUGUAGCUUUGCAGGAAGUUGACACAGGCUGCACAGCCAAAACCUUGCUUGUCCACCCUUACACCACCACAGAAGAGGUCUGCUCCCUCUGUACUUACAAAUUCACAAUUCCCGACCCUGAGAACUAUGCACUGUUUCUGGUCACUGAGGACACCAGCCAGCAGCUGGCCCCAGACACGCAUCCUCAGAGUAUCAAAGCCAAACUCCAUAGCAAGCCCCUAGCACAAGUCUUUCAUUUUGUCUACAAGAGGAAGCCUAACUGUGACCUCCCUGCACCUGCAAUCACACUUCAAGGACAUCAGAAAAAGAAACCUGCAUUAUAGCUGUGUUUGAUACUGAAAAAAUUCAAAAUCAGUCCGAUAUCACUGCGGUACCGGCCAGUAUAUCUCAACCAAUAUCGAUUCUUACAGUGGGGGCCUGUCCGUGGGUUGUUCUACAGCGCCUGCUACGGGGUGUGUUUGUUUAUGUCUUCAACACACAGAGGAAUCCUUUCAUUUUAACUGAUAUAACCCAUUUCACACAAAAACUGCUGAUACAGCUAACACCUGUAAACAGAGCAACAACAAACUAAACUAUAAGUUACUCACAAUAAUCCACCAGUCAAAAAAUAUCAUAGAAUAAAGUUUGCAAACAUGUAAUCUGCACACAACUAUGACGAGAGAAACUCUACUUUCCUUUAGUCUGAGGUUUUUGUUCAGAAACAAUAAUAGAUCUGAGGGAAAAAAUUCAAAAACUUCUAUAUUUAACAAACAAAAUUUCUACCUUAUGUUACAGAGAGUGAUAUUGUAACAUAACAUAACAUAACUCAUAACAAGUAAUAUGUAACAGCUUGUCCAACACUGUCUACGGCUCUGAAUGCAGAAAAGUCAAAGUAAAGUCAUUAAAGUAGCACAUUUUAUUAGUAUUUAUUAGUAUUGUUUGAAUGUCUGAACACAGUUUAGAGUCAACCAGUCUGCUAAAAUAAAAUAAAUUAUAACCCAUUACUUAUCACCAUAACCAUACUGUGUGCGAGUUACCUGGACACUCAUUAGAAAUGACUCGGCCAGCGUCCUCUGUCUCUGUGGCCCCGUCUUUCACUGGGAUUAGAUUAGAUUAGACUCGUCCACUUUACAUUUUUUCUCUUUCUCAUGCAGUUUAAUGCGUUUAGAGAGAUUAGUUGUGUUGCCACAGAACUGAACAAUUUAUGCCAACUUUAGAACUGAUGCUCUUGACUUCACUGAGUCACGUGACUUCACUGAGAGCGAAGCAGGAGGGAGGAACAGUGAGAGAGUCAGAGAGAGUCGCUCUUCUCCCCAGACUGUCCAAGGAAAAAGAACGAUUUACUGAAUGUAGAGAAGAGAACAUUAAACAUAAGUAUCGAUCUCAUCGUGCUAGUAUCAAUUGAUACUGAUACCGCUUUUGGUAUCAAGAGUAUCAAUAUUUUAUGGUAGCCUGGAAGUGCAAACCAUUAUUGCAAAAUGUGAAACACUUUUACAAAUCCCAAAACAAAUGAACAAAAAACAUAAAUCUGACAGUAUGAUAUGAAUAUCAACGUUUAUGGUCCUGCACAAGCACGCUGUAAAGAUAUUUACAAAUAAUGGAACGAGUCACACCGAAUAAGCGCCCUUGUACGUCGAAGAGCGGGCAGUACCAGAAAGCAGUGUGGAGAAUACUAACAUUAUGCCUUCAUAGAUUUACAACAAACUCCUCUGCAUAUACUUGACACCUGAAAAGCUCUCUGAGGAACAGCAGUGGAGACGUUCGUACGAGCAAUCUGAGCAAUUUGGUAUAAAUAUUAAGAAGAGAGAAAAACAUUAUUGAGGUUUUUGUUUUGCCCUCAACAACUACGUUAUUCUGUGAAUCUGGUAAGUGACUGGCGUUUUUCCCAUGGCGAUGAGCUUUGUGUUAAUUGUGUGAUUUGACCAUGGCAGUUUGAUGAAGGUAUUGGUCUGAAAUAGCAGUGAUACGUUGAUAUGUGUGGGUCAUUUAAUGCUCCCUGUAGCGGUGAGUUUUGAAUGUUGGAGGCCUCUGUGGCGUUAGAGCGGUGUUUGGGAUUGUGCAUGUCGACACUGUGAAGGCUGUCUGUGCUCUGAUGAUGAUGGAGAGAAAUAUUUAUAUCUGUGUAUGUCUGGAUUUGGCUUUUAUAUUGAGUGACUAGUAAGAUGAAAAUCACAGGUGCAGCUGUAUCUCAAAGCUCCCCAGUAAAAGAUGAA